GCUCUAUCGGUCAGGAUAGCACACAACCCGUCGCAAUGUCCAACCCACCAGAGACCGGCGACAACUAUGUUCGCCGCCUCACUUCCUUCAUUCGCACAAACGAGCGCGGCCUCGCAGAGGCGGGCUUCGUCCGGCGGCGCGCAGAGAAGCGGCACUCGCUCAGCACCACCAAUGCUCCCUCGUCCUCAGGCUCUCUGCUCAACCCCAUGUCCUGGUUCGCCUUCUCGUCCUCGGCAGCCCAAGGCAACACGGCACCAGCGGCGAAGCCGGUCAUAUUCACGAUUGACACCCAGCGUCUCUUCUACGUCCUCAUGCGUAUUGAGGACAUCGGGAUCAACGUGGGCUCUCUUGACGUGCAUGUCGACAACUCUGCGAAGCCGAUGAUGUAUGUCGACGUUUUCGGCAACAAGGACAAGUCCGAAACACUCUCCCUCGCGUCCUUCCGCUCUUCACUCUCUGUCGUCUCCGGCCUUUCACUCGGCGGAGGUUGGUGGGGCAAGCAGGAGGAACAGAGUAUUGAGAAUGAGCUCAAGUACCUGUAUAGCAGCUUCACGAAGCUUCCUGCCCUCUCGAUCAAGCCACCAGGGCCCAAGACUUUGGCUGAGUUGGAGGGCGAGCCGCCGAACGAGAACGCGCUCCCUUUGGACGCGUUCAAGAAUGUCCAGACGCUCGAAGUUUCCGACAUUGAUCCCAAGUGCUUGCUUGGAUGGGACAAACUCUCGGAUGGGCUGAAGAGUCUGAAGGUCGUGAGGAGCGGAAUCGGGGACAUCUCAGAGAUCUUCAUCAAUCCGGUCAUCGAGGACCAGGCAAGGCGGGAAAGGAGUAUGCACAUUGAUGAUCUGAAUCGAGGUCCGAGGAGGCAACCGUCGUUUCAUAGUACCAAGUUGCCAGACACUGUACCAGAAGAUUCGGAAGAGACGCCAACAGCCGAAAGCACGUCUUUCGACCUUCCCUCCCCCUGUCCUUCCCUCCCCAGCUACAAGUGGUCUGCAUUGCGACAUUUAUCUUUGCACGACAACUCUCUCACGUCCCUUUCCACCGAUACCCUGUCUUACCUUACUUCCCUCACGCACCUUGACCUCUCCUCCAACCUCUUUGUCAAUGUUCCCGAUGGCCUGGGAGCACUUCACAAUCUCGUUUGGCUCAAUCUUGAAGACAACAUGAUCGAGUCUGUACUUGGGAUAUACGCUAAUCUCGGGCAAAUACUCUACCUUAACCUCUCGUCGAACCGGCUGGAGUCACUAUGUGGGCUCGAGCGGCUCAUGGGUCUUGAGCGUAUCAACCUCAGGGCAAACAAUGUCGACGAGAGCGCCGAGGUAGGGCGGCUCGCGACGCUUCCGCAUAUUACAGAUGUAUGGAUCGAGGGCAACCCGCUCACAGAGAUCGAAGACGACUACCGGACAACAUGCUUCAACUAUUUCGCGAAGGAAGGAAAGGAGAUCUUGUUGGAUGGUUUGCCACCCAGCUUUUAUGAACGGAGGGGGAUUGUCGCACCCGUAGAGAGGAUGGCGCCACUGCGAGCGCCCGUGUCUGCUCCCUCGCCGCCUACCAUCGCGGUAGGCGCGAGGGGAGCGAAGUCGUCAUCUCCUCCGAAACAACCGUCUCCAAAUAUUGUCCCUUCUACCUCUUUAUCUUCUCCCGAGGCAGCUGCUGUCUCUAGCAGGACCAAAUCGGCGGCUGCGACCCCGGUUCCAAAGCCGCGUAAACGCAAGACGAAGCGCAUCGUUGAUCUCAACGGCACGUCACCAGAGUCUAUCGACUUCUCUUCCACCUCAAGACCACCGUUAAUGAGCGACCGCACUGCGGUUCCCGGUACCCGCGCCCAAACCAACGGAGCCCGCUUCUCGCCGCCAGCCAUAGCACGCAACGGUGGCUCGCACACGCGCGAGGUCUCCAUCGCGUCGAUCCUCGAGCCGUCGGGCGAAGGCUCAAAUGAGCUCCCGCCAGAGGCACAACGCGAUGCAGAACUGUACCGCAAGCGGAUUGAGGCUCUGCGGUCGGACAUGGGCGACGGUUGGCUGAAGGUGUUUAGCCAAAGCAGCCCGGGAGCCUCGAGGGUUGGCUCGCCCUCGCGAUAGUCUAAGACCUUUCUUGGAACCUCACGCUCUACUUGUUCAUUCUUCUUUGUUGCCCUCUAUGUCUUUUAUUUUUCUUGUUGGGCGUUUCGUACUCUUUAUGUCGUCUCUUACUAGAUUUCGUUGACCGCCCCGGUACCGCACAUACAUACCCGUCACGUUCUAAUAUUUGCAAACUUUUAUCAGCGCAUUGUUGAUAUGGAUAUAUCUCCCCUCGGUUAACGAACUUGCUAUGUAACGCACGUGCACCCGCUCAUGUAGUAAUACGGUCCGCAGAACACUGGAUGUCUCUGUUUUAUUUCAUUCUGAUCUUAACUUCUCCGUCGACGCUGAAAGCGCUCGGAGAUUGACAGGC